UUUAUGCAGCCAAAAUGAAGUUCAAUCCAUUUGUGACCUCAGACCGCAGCAAGAACCGCAAACGACACUUCAAUGCACCUUCUCACAUUCGAAGAAAAAUAAUGUCCUCCCCGCUCUCCAAGGAAUUGCGGCAGAAAUACAAUGUUCGCUCUAUGCCCAUUCGGAAGGAUGAUGAAGUCCAGGUUGUCCGGGGACACUACAAAGGGCAGCAGAUCGGCAAGGUGGUCCAGGUGUACAGAAAAAAAUACGUCAUCUACAUUGAACGUGUUCAGCGUGAGAAAGCAAACGGCACAACUGUCCACGUGGGGAUCCACCCCAGCAAGGUGGUGAUCACCAGGCUAAAACUGGACAAAGAUCGCAAAAAGAUCUUGGAGCGUAAAGCAAAAUCUCGCCAGGUUGGCAAGGAGAAGGGCAAAUACAAGGAAGAAACAAUUGAAAAGAUGCAAGAAUAGAUGGUUUCCUUUUGACACCAUUAAAGAACUGCUAAAAUUAAA